GUAUACUCCUAUAAUUUAUUUAGAUCAUUGGUUAGUUCAUAGGUCACCUGAACGCUAGAGGUCACUAUUUCUAUCUACCGAAUACCAUUUUGGUAUAUUUUUCGAGAAAAUUGAAUGAGGAUUGCGAUCCAUGUUGAUUUUUUCUCUGAUGAAGCAAAAAAUUUUGAUGCAGAACUCGGUGAAUUGUGCAAGAAAAUUGUUGGUUCAUAGGAAUACUCGUCAAUCAAACUCAACUUCUUCCAAAUUUAAAGAAGACUUAAUUUAUAUAAAUUCACAAAAAAUUAACUAUCUGAAAGUUGGUAAAGGCCCGAAAAAUAUAGUAUGCUUUCCUGGUACUCUUGGAACAAUCUGGUCGGACUUCCAACCACAAAUCGAAAACUUAAAUAAAGAGGAAUUCACAGUUUAUGUUUGGGAACCACCAGGUCAUGGAAAAAGCAGACCACCUGAAAGAGAAUAUACUUCAAAGUACCUUCAUGAAGAUGCAGACAUCGGUUAUAAAUUCAUUAAAGCUAUUGGAUUGAAAUCCUUCUCAUUAAUUGGUUGGAGUGAUGGGGGUAAUGCUGGAUUGAUUUUAGCGGCCAAAUAUAAAAAUAUUAUCGAUAAAAUGGUGGUAUGGGGUUGCUGUUCAUAUCUAACAUUAGAAGAUUUUGAGAGAUAUGGAAAAAUACAAGACAUAGAUAAUUGGUCAGAAAAUGCUAAGGCUCCAUUGUUAAAAAUUUAUGGUGAAGAAACAUUACGACAGAUACAAAAUGACAUAUUUGAAGCUAAUAGGAAGAUUGUGAAUGAAGGGGGUGAUAUUUCAACUACUCUCCUCAAAUAUAUUGAAUGUCCUACUCUCAUCUUGCAUGGGGCUAAAGAUCCUGUGGUAUCCCCCGAACAUGCUCAGUAUCUUCAUGAUAAUAUAAAAGGAUCAAGGUUACAUAUAUUUCUUGAUGGCAAGCACAAUAUACACCUACGUUAUGCAAAUGAAUUCAACGAAAUCAUAACAAAAUUUCUUUUGAAUGAAGAUCAUUCUUGUUAAUAUUGAUUUCAGUUCAGAUUAAAUGCGAAUAAGUAAUAAUAAUACUA